CCGAGCACGGCGGUCGGCGUCCCUUCUCUAGUUAUCCAGCCGUCCGACCGGUCACCCCGCCAAAAUAUUGUAUAACGUCUUUUGUGUUUGCCAUUGACUAUUCUCCUCGAGUAAACGUCCAUUACGGACCUAAACCGUUUACCAUCGAGUUUGUGUUGAGUUCAUUUUCGUGAGCGUCACCUUCUCCCGCGACCGCCGCACAGCACCAGCCACGCUGUACUACCCGUGUCAAGAAUUCCUGUACUAUAAAGAUGGCAAAAAAUCCAUUUAUGACCUGUAAGUCACGUAAACGAAGAAAGAACAGAGUCCCACCCACUGCACCAGUAGAAAAGCUCUUUUGUCCCCGGACAAUGGUGAGGUACGACGGAUCCCACAGUGAUUAUCCUACUAAGUGGAUUUGUAAAAUGUGCCUUAAGGUACUUUUGAGUGAAGCAGCUGUUAACAAUCAUUUGACCAAUUGCCUUGGACAAACUAGACAAUCUAACCCAGCUCCACCUAAUAACGAAAGUACUCCUUACAUAUGCAAGUAUUGCGAAAAGGUAUUUUCAAGGGGUGUUACGCUAAAGAGGCAUUUGGAAGACCAUGAACAAUCAUCAAGCCGUCUUGACUCAGAACUAUCUGACAACGAAUUUGAAUACAAAGUGAAGAAUAUAAAAACAGAAAAAACAUAUGAUGUUAACCACCAAUCUGAGAAUUAAAAUCCAUGCAAUAAAAUUGAUUUGAUUUAAUUUAAUUGUAUUCGUAUUAUUUUUGAUUUUGUAAUAGAUAUUAUUAUUAUUUGACAAUUCUAACACUAAGUUAGAGUACUUGUCAGGGAUAUUAAUACAGCAGUCCCUAAAGUAUCCAAUUUUCUGUACUCGUAAAUAACCUUAAAUCGGUAAAAACUAAAUAAAAAACCAAUGCUGUAAAAAUUAGCACUAAUUCAAUAACACAUAAUAUAAAUUAAAUACCUAUAAAUAUAUUGUUUCAUUA